CUUCUAUGACAAGCUACCAUUAUCAUCUCUCUGCACACAGUGUCUCUAACAACCACCACCUCUCUUCCUGAGAGAAAUAUUCGGCGACUGAAACACAGAGUGAGUUUAAUUCAACUGCCCUAACUCCUGAGAGAGAGAUGGAGCAGGACUACCUCUUGGACUUUGAGGACUACUUCCCUUCUAUGAUUGCACGCAUGGGAGCGGAAGGGUUCAUUGGAGAGCUCUGCAACGGGUUCCGCUUGCUCAUGGACGUGAAUAAGGGCCUCAUCACCUUCGAGAGCCUCAAGCUCAACUGCUACCUGCUCGGCCUCGACGUCAUGGACGACGAGCUCGCCUGCAUGCUCAUGGAGGGCGAUUUGGACGGCGAUGGCGCUCUAAGCCAAAUGGAGUUUUGCAUUCUCAUGUUUAGGCUCAGCUCUUGCUUGUGCACUCCUCACGGUGGUGGUGGUGGUGAUGGUGGUAGUGGUGGUAGUGGUGGGGAUCCCAUGUUGAUGAAUGUAAUGUAAAAAUACUAUUACUAUUACUCUCUUCUUCUUCUUUUUUUGUUGUAAAAUAGUUGCAUUUAAGAUUUGAACGAUCUCAUGCAUAUUAUCUCAAACCCCCCCUGCUAGUAGGCUGACCCUGCUGAUUCUCAUCCUUCUCCUCCUCUCUGUUUUAAUUUCUCUUACUCAAUUGCAUAGCAUUUUCCUUAAUUGGGCUUAGAGAAUUCUUCAAUUUCAGAGAAGAAUUAAUGAUGCUGUUGUGACUUUUGUCAUUUGUAAUUCAAAUAAAAAAAUGUCCUUCUGUAAUUUCUCUCUCUUUGUUAAUUUCAAUGUAAUGAUGUGAAUGAUUGCCUCAUUUGUGUGCAUGAUUGAUUAUUCAGUA